AUGUCCUUUCAAACUUUGAAUUCUUCACAAUUAGCAAGACGAAUACAUAUAUAUUAAAAUGACGUAGCGAACCAUCCCACCCUCUUCCCAUAGGGUGCAAUACCUGGGGGAGUGAGCGCAAGCCCUCGUCCGGCAGGAUCAACCUUCGUGAGGUCGCAGAACUGGCAAGUAGUCGAAGGAGCAUUACGGGCUGAGGUAGCCCUUAGGGAAUUACAAUGGACUUCUAAUGUAAAGCAAGACCAAUAAUGCAAAACAAGGUAAUUAAUAUCUAGCUCAGCGAAGUUAUUACAGACGCCUGCAUAACUGAACAAGAAGGCCUCAGUGUAAAUUUUCGAGGAUUAGUUGAAAUGGACACAAUCCCAGAAAAAUACAGAGAAAUAGGAAAGCUUAAUGUUUCUCAUAAUUUGCUUAAAAGUUUAGAUGGGGUUGAGCAAUUUAGAAAACUCACACAAAUUUCGUUCACCCACAAUAAAAUCAGUACUUUCAAUGAACUUUUUAAAAUACCGCACCCGGAAAACAUCAAAGUUAUAUCUGUGGCAGGGAAUCCUUUUGCGCUUCAUUUGAAUUUGGAACCACUUUUGCUUCAAAUUUUUCCAAAUUUAAUUGAAAUUGAUGGAGUUAAAAGUUUAUUUACUUAAUUGCCCAUGUUUAAGGAGCCAUUUUCUUCAGCAGGAUGAUUUAGAACGCAUAGUCCACCCUUUAACACCGAAUUAUUGAAUCUUGGGGUAAUCUGAAACUUCUACGUGCUGCAAGUGCGCCAGAAAUCUCAUUGCGCCUUAGUCUCGCCCUGAACUAUAGCGCCUUUCUUAAGAUGGCGCAUUGCGCGCCAUCUUAAGAAAGGUGCUAUAUGGUCCUGCAUGUGCUCCACCUAGGAUAACUCUCGUGUGCCAAGCGGUUACCUCUCCAUGUUUCCUUGGGUCAAAUGCACUUACUGUACGCGAUAAGCCAUAUUUGGAAUUGUGAAUAAACGUUCACCGAAUCAUAAUAAUAAAAUAUCAUGAGGAUGGAAAAGUCCUCGAGAGAACUUAUUCUGACUAAUCCAUUUUAUUAUUAUGAUGGGUUAAAAUCACUGAUCAUACAAGGCAAGACAUAACUGACGCACUUAUCCUUUCUAAAAGGAUUUUAUCGUAUUUUUAUAAGAAUGAACAAAUUCUUGUUAAGAGAGAUAUAGUCCUGAACUGUUUUUAGCUUGUCUGGGCUAUGAGUUACCUUCUAAAUUCAAUUAAAAAUAAGUGUUUGCAGGGUAUUUGUUUCAGAGCUAAAAGCAGCCCUAGAGUAUAUAGAAAACAAAAAAUACAAACUAAAAAUCGAAUUAUUUCAAAAAUUCCAAGGAAAAUCUAACAAAAAAGAAGGGCCUUUUUGGGAAGAAAUUAAUGCAGCACACAGUAGGGAGCUUAGAAAAAUUAAACCAAUGCCAAGAUUACCGAAUUAUAGCUAUAAUAAAGUGAUAAGGCCAUAUAUGAUACUUAAUUACAUUGAUGUGGCUGGAAAAGCUUUGCAAUGAGAUGUUGAUGAAGAAUUGAACGAGAAAAACUCAGCUGAAAUUAUCAGAGUUUUUAAAUGGCUUUUUUGCGAAAUUUUAUUACAAUUGCACUCGUGGGGGCACGACAAAAUGCAAAAAUAUCUGCAGUUUAAAGCAAAACCUUCAGCGACUGUAGAAGAACAAUUUGAAGAAGAACUGAAGCAGUUUUAUUUAUUAGGGCCCAUAAUUGAAGAAAACUCUAAUCCUUUUUUGAUGAGUCUUCAUUUUUCUGAUAUUUUUCCUAAUACAGACACUGAUAAUUUAGCAAGAAAAUACGCUUUUCAAACAAAUAACACUAGGCUCCAAAAUUUAGAAACAAAUAAAGAAGAUUUUCUGCUUUACCAAAAUUUAAAUUUAUUUCCAAUUUUUGGAUGCUAUUCUGAAUACCUUAAAGCAAUCUUUGUGAUACUGCAGAACCAAAUUAACUCAAUCCAAGACCUCCAGCAAGAAAAAGAAGAAAUUUUGAGGCUUGAUUUUUCUGCUUUUGGGCUGCCAAGUCUAUAUGCACCUCAAUUUACUGAAGGAAUAAGGUCAAGCAGUGAAGGUUUUGAUAAAGACAGAUUUUUAAGGCAGAGUGAAAAGCUAAAAAAUGAAGAGUUAAGGAUAUCAGGGGACUCAGAAAAUUCUAGCUGAAGUCAAAAUGAUGUAGAUGAAAAUGAUGUUAGUAGGUAUAGAAGAGCAAAACCUUUAAAUAGAGGGAAAAAUAAAGGAGAAAUAAAUGAAAAAAAUAGAGCUCAAGGGUUUUUGAUAUCUAGAGACGAAGAUUAGAUUAGAUUAGAUUAGAUUAGAUUAGAUUAGAUUAAUUAGUUUUAGCGGGUCACGGAGGUUUAUUUCAGCCUCUACCCAGCGCUGCCAGCUUCAGGCUUGCGCCCUAUGCACCGGCUCUGUUGCUCACUCCAUUUUCUGUCGACGUCACCAAAAAAUGGUGACGUCGCCAUCUGACAGGGAGACUCACCCAGGUACUCCUUUGAUCAGGGUCUAGUGACCCGGCGCCGUCCUUUCUGGGGAGGGGGAAAAGUAGCCUUCCGGAGUCUUCUUCAGGUCCCCAAGCUCCACUACAAGCUUCCUCACUUCCUUCUAGUCCUGAAGUGUGACUCCUGAUUCUGCGGCUCUGGUCUUUCUCAGAGACGAAGAAGAAACAAGAUAUAUAGAUGACAGGGAUAGGUCAGUGAAAAGUCAAAAUAGGAGCGGUUCGUUAUCAGAAGCAAAAACAGAAAAAAUUAAUAGUCCGAAAUCAAGACAAAGCUAUACAAAUACUCCUGAAGCUGGCAAUGAUUAUAGCUCAACCAAAAAAGAUCAUAUUAAAAAUGAAGGCUAUUUUAAUACUGAGGAAGAUAAGGAGAAGCACGAGCAGGGGAGAAACAAAACUAUCAAAGAAGGAUAUCAUGAAAAGAAAAAUAGAGGCAACCAUUUUGAUAAGCAUCCUGAAUUUGAGUCUGACAUAGACCCUAAUAUUGAUGAAAUAAUGCAAGAAGAGCUGGAUCAAUUUGAGCUAAUAGAUCAUACUCCUGAGGAGAAAAAGCAGCAUAAGAAACUGCUAUCAUUUUAUCAUCAUCAAAUUCAAAAAGCCAAAAAAGAACAGUUAUUGAGGACUGCAUUUUCAGCUUUGAAGAAAUACAAAAAUGAUAAGGACAGGCUUAAAAACAAAGAAAAAGAGCUAAAAGAAUGAAAAGAAAAGAAAACCCAAUCAAAAUUAUUAAAUUCUUUAUCAGAAAGCAUUAAAAAGAAAAAACAGAAGGAUAAACUAGCCUUAGAGUUCCAACAAGCAAAAUUAUUUUCAAAGACGUUUAAUUCAAUUAGGGCUAUUCUUGAUGGAAAAAAUGCUGGCUUAAAUAAAGCUUUAAAUUUUAACAGAGAUGCGAUAUUAGGAAAAAUAAUUGCAGAAUGAAAGGCGAAAGUUUUAAAAAAGGACAAAAGUCUGAAGGAUAAAACAGACAAAAAGAUAAAAGGAGCAAUUUCUGACUCAAAUGCAAUCACAAUCAAGAAAAAAUCAGGUCAAGCCAAUUCUUCUGAAACAAAACGAUCUGCAGGAAAAGCAGAAAAAGCGCACUUGAAAGAAAUAAAAGAAGCUUCAAAGGAAGCAGAAGCUGGCACUCGGAAAAAAUCAUCAAAAAAAGCCAGGUAUGAUAAAGAAUCUGAAGAAAUCAAAAUUAAAACUGUAUCUGAAAAGGAAAAAAAUAGACGAAAAACUAAAAAAUCUUUGACAGCAGAGGACAAAAUGAAAGCCAAAGCGGAUAUUAAUAGCAUGCUUAAUAGAAUAGCAGAAAGUGAAGGAAGCAUUGCUAAGUUGUGGGCUUUGGUAAGAAAACCUAGUACAAAAUCAACAACACAGGAAUGCAAUUGUGGGAAUUAUUUAUGUGAAAUUUGUACACAAGAACGAGCUGAUAUUAUUUCUAAAAAGAUUUCUGACUUGCAGCAAGAUAUGAAGAAGCUUGGCAUGAGUAAGAAGCUAACGAAGUAG